AUGAGAUUUUUAACUUACUAUGAUAAACUAAGCUCUCUGGCUUAUUGUCUUAUCUUCUUGUAUGUUCAGCUUAUUGUCUCUGGUUCUGAUGAAGCAGAGGCUCUCCUCAAAUGGAAAGCCACCUUCCAAAAUCAAACCCAGCUGCAAAAUCUAACCUCAUGGACUCACCCUCCCAGUAAUGUAAGUCGGUAUCUCCUCACAUGUGAAAUUUUUCCUCAAGAACUACAUGAAAAUAAGUUAAAUGGCUCAAUUCCUCAAGAACUUGGCCAGCUUAACUUUCUUAAUGAACUUGCCAUGUCCACCAAUAAUCUAGAGGGCUUAGUUCCUGCUUCUCUGGGUAGUAUGAGUUACCUGACUUCUCUGCAUCUUUUUGACAAUCACCUUUCUGGUUCCAUUCCUCCAGAACUUGGUAAUCUUUCUAAUUUGGUUGAACUCUACAUGGACACCAACAAUUUCACCGGUCCUAUUCCUCGAACUUUUGGAAACUUAAAAAAGCUGACCAUGUUGCAUUUGUUCAACAAUCAACUUUCUGGUUCUAUCCCUUCAGAAAUAGGAAAUUUGAAGUCUCUAAUGGAAUUAUUCUUAUACAGAAACAAUCUUUCUGGUUCAAUCCCAACACAUUUAGGUUAUCUGGCAAACCUUACCCAUCUCUUUCUCGAUGAAAAUAAGCUUUCUGGUACAAUUCCUAAGGAGAUAGGGAACCUGAAAUCUGUUGUGGAUGUACACUUGAGCAAAAACUACUUAACAGGUCCUAUCCCUCCAAUUUUUGGUAACUUAAGAAAGCUAAAAGUGCUAUACUUGUUCGACUGUCAACUUUCUGGUAUCAUACCUUCAGAAAUGGGAAACUUGAAGUCUCUAGUAGAAUUAUUCCUUUACAGGAACAAUCUUUCUGGUUCAAUCCCAGCAUGGAUUGGUGAUAUGAGAAAUCUUACACAUGUCAAUCUGUUUGGAAAUAAACUUUCCGGGGCUAUUCCUAAGGAGAUUGGGAAAUUGAAAUCUAUGGUGGAUCUAGACUUGAGCCAGAAUCAACUCAACGGUUCAAUUCCCACUUCAUUUGGUGGUUUGAGAAACUUGGAAGUCUUAUCCCUCCGUGACAACCAACUCUCUGGCUCAGUCCCCCAAGAGAUAGAAAAUCUAGUGAAGUUGACUCUGUUGUAUUUAGAUACUAACCAGUUUUCUGGUUAUUUGCCCCAAAAUAUUUGCCAAGGUGGAUCACUCACAGAAUUUACAGCAAACAACAACCAUUUUGUUGGUCCAAUCCCCAAAAGCUUGAAAGCCUGCACCACCUUAUCCUUUGUUCGCCUUAGUUGGAACCAAUUGACAGGCAAUAUAUCAGAAGACCUUGGUGUUUAUCCGAAUCUUCAAUUUAUGGAUCUAAGCCAUAAUAACUUAAAUGGUGAAAUCUCACACAAAUGGGGACAAUGUGCACAAUUAACAACCCUACUAAUUGCAGGAAACAACCUUACCGGUAGUAUACCACCUGAGAUUGGCAAUGCAACCCAAAUUCAUCAACUUGAUAUUUCUUCAAAUAGUUUAGUUGGGAUGAUCCCAAAAGAAUUUUGGAGACUGACUUCUUUGGUGAAGCUGAUGUUGCAGGGGAAUCAACUUUCAGGUCGUAUACCUUCCGAAUUCGGAUCACUGAUUGAUCUCGAAUAUCUUGACCUAUCCACAAACAAGUUCAAUGGGUCAAUACCUAGCACUAUAAGUGACUUGUACAGAUUACACUACCUGAAUUUGAGCAACAACAAGUUUAGUCAAGGAAUUCCUUUUCAGUUGGGAAAGCUAGUUCACUUGUCCCAACUAGAUUUAAGUCAUAACUUGCUUGAAGGUAAGAUACCUUCAGAAAUAAGCAACAUGGAGAGUUUGGAGAUGCUCAACCUUUCCCACAAUAAUCUUUCUGGCUUUAUUCCAACGAGUUUUGAAGACAUGAAUGGGUUGUCGUAUGUUGACAUAUCCUACAAUGACUUGGAGGGUCCCCUGCCCAACAGCAGUGCAUUUCGGAAUGCUCUUCCAGAAGCAUUGCAGGGGAACAAAGGACUGUGCGGCAACAUUGGAGCUCUGAAAUCCUGCAAACAUAACUCCAAAAAGGACCAUAAAGUCAUAUUUUUAAUCUUGUUCCCUCUUCUCGGAGCACUUGUACUUCUACUUGCUUUCUUUAUGUUUGCUUUUCUGAUAGAAAGAAGAAAGAAAAAUCAAACUCUGGAACAAAACGAUGACAUGCUUGAAGAAAUUUAUUUUGCAAUUCUAGAUUUUGAUGGAAAAACAAUGUAUAAGGAAAUCAUAAGGGCGACAGAAGAUUUUGAUUCCAAAUAUUGCAUUGGGACAGGAGGACAUGGAAGUGUAUACAGAGCAAAUUUGUCAUCUGGCAACACGGUAGCCGUGAAGGAACUCCAUCUUCUCCACAAUGGCGAGAAUAAUUUUCAGAAGGAAUUCUUCAAUGAAAUAAGAGCACUAACUGAGAUACGACACCGGAACAUUAUGAAGCUUUAUGGUUUUUGUUCACAUAAACGACAUUCAUUUUUGGUGUAUGAGUAUCUCGAAAGGGGUAGCUUGGCCACAACGCUGAGCAAUGAUCAUGAAGCUAAAGAACUGGGGUGGAGUAAAAGGGUGACUAUUGUUAAAGGUUUAGCUAAUGCCUUGUCCUACAUGCACCACGAUUGCUUGCCACCAAUUGUACAUCGUGACAUAUCAAGCAAGAAUGUUUUGCUGGAUUCUGAAUAUAAGGCCUGUGUUUCAGAUUUUGGCACUGCCAAGUUUUUAAAUCCAGACUCAACUAAUUGGAGUGCUCUUGCAGGCACGUAUGGAUAUAUAGCACCAGAGCUUGCUUAUACAAUGGAAGUGAAUGAGAAAUGUGACGUGUAUAGCUUUGGAGUGGUAACGUUGGAACUGAUUAUGGGAAGGCAUCCGGGAGAUCUGUUGUCAUCUUUAUCAUCUGCAUCUUUGUUGUCAUCUUCAUCAUCUGCAUUACCUGCCCAUCAAAUGCAAAUGGAGGAUAUUUUGGACCAACGCAUUUCCCCUCCUACACAUCAAGAAGCAGGGGAAGUGGUCUCUCUAGUGCAGAUAGCUUUUGCAUGCUUGAAUCCCAGUCCUCCAUCUCGUCCAACAAUGAAACAAGUUUCUCAACACCUCUCAACUCAGAGGCUGCAUUUGUCCAAGUCAGUGCAUAUGAUAACAUGUGGUGAAUUGCUUGCUCUCGACGGUUUUACAACCCGAGGCAAUGUAUUUGAAGCCUACUUUUGUGCCACUCAUUAUUUUGAAGGAAGGAAAAAAAGGUGUAACAACAUAAGUUAAUAUUUAUAAUCACUUUGUCAGUUCAAUUUUAUGUUUGAAGAGCAGUAAUUAUAGGAAA